CUUGAUCUUCCCGCCUCCUUUUAGGCUACCAGAUAAAUGGAGGUUCAAAUUUCUUGAAUUAUUCUAAAUGCAGUUUUCGUUCUUUAUAAUUUCGUUUCUCAAGAUCGAUGAAACCAUGGUCGCAGGAAACUCGAAGCACAAGGUGAUCUCAUCAAAAUUCUUUGCACCAAAUCUAUUCCGCAAUCUGUUCAAUGUUCAUUCAUUUGGACGGAGCAACAAAGACAAUCCUGCAAGCUUGCGAGCAAAGAGCAUGGGUAAUCGGAGAGAUUCUGCUGUAGUGCAUUCGCAGCUCAGUUCUCACAGAGAAAUUAGUUCACCACUUCCAGCUCCUAUCAUACAGCUCAUUUUCGAAGCACUCAUCAGUGAAGGAGAUGAGUUAUCAGUCCGCAAUUCGAGAUUGGUGUGCAAAGAGUUCGACCGAAUCGCGUGCUCAUUGUUUCACACUGGCUCCAGCAUAUCAUCAUUACCUGAUGAAAUCCUGCUCGGGAUCUUCGUUGCUGUACGAUUCAACAGUUCUUCUAAAGACCCCAUGUCAGACCUAGCUUCAAGUCUCCGUGUUUCGAAGCAGUGGUAUCGCGUGGGUAUGACAGUGCUCUACAGACACUUUGUCAUAGACGUCAAUUACCAGACUGCCCUUAUCCAAGAGGAUGCGGACUUUUCAUCCAUCAGCCGGUACAAUUUCAUUCCAUCCGCUCGAUUCUUUGACACAACGACGAAGCUCUGGUCACAACCUUGGACGACUGACGGCAUUGGGUCAUGGAUCCAUAGUUUGAGCAUCGAAAUACAUUUCGAGGACACGGAACGAGCUCGACACAUGCAGUCGAUCACAGAUGUGAUCAGAGCUCUGCCAAACAUCAGAACUUUCUCUGUCCGAGCUGCACCACUUAGGCAGCACAGCGAAAUCGUGCGGCACAAACUUUCGGAUAUUCUUUUGAGCAUACCAUCAAGCGUCGUAAACUUUGAACUCGAUCUCCAGGGCCGAGAUGAUCAGUUUGACCCGCAUCUUAGACAAAACACUCACUUCUGCGAGACGGUAGGUAGGAUCCUACCGCAGUUACGAACUCUACGUCUCAGACUAUCCACUCUGUGUGAUAGUUUUCUUUUGCCGAUCUCGAGGGUGGAAGAAAAAUGUCCUGGUCUUAAAGCACUCUCGAUCACUCUGUACACACGGCAGUUCACUCAAUUAUACCAAUGCUGUUCGGACAGACAAUGGAUACCCCCUGCAACUCCUGCAACAGACUUUGUUGAUUCACUGCAGAGCCGCAUACAGAACGGAGGCAUAUUCCCCAACUUAAAGGCCUGCUCAUUGAUCUGUCUGCGCCACGACUGUUCUGCACCAAACACAAAAUCUCAGCGCGUCAUUUGCAAAACGUUUGAGCCGAGAAUGAAAACAUGGUCAAAACGGGCAUAUUUUCCAAUCGGUGGGUUCAGACAGCCAGAGUACAUCCAAACGGACGCAGACGGAGACGAUUUGGAGACUGUUAUGCAGGGCAUGGAGAAUCGCACAUAUGGCUUCUAUGAUCUGCCGAAAGAGCGCAUGCUUACGCACUGCAAGGAGACAGAUGUGUUGUUAGAAAGUGCCGCAGCGUGGACAGAGGACGCCUUCGGCGCUAGAUAUCCACCUAAUGUCUGAUUGGCGCGAUCACGAGGGUAGCAUUGAAGAAUCUCACCUGUGUUUAUAGAAGACUUUGUGAGAUGUGUAGUAACUCGAUACCAAGUCAUGGGGAAAUGACGAAGAACCUGGAGACGGUUCCCUUAUCGCCAGUCUAAUUCACUGGCCACCAAUAAUACCGAAAGAUCAGCUGAACGUACUAUGUGCAGUGUCAGCGGACGAUGAUUUGCUGCAACAACUUUCACGGCUUUGAGAUCUGCAUGGACAAGAUGGACUUCCACAUGCCAGUCACGAUUUACUUGAAAUCUAGGCAGUGACUCAAACGAUUGACCAGAAGUUGCUUGUUAUAUAUGUGUUGAUGUUAGUCUUUAGACCGAGAAAAAUAAGGAAAAC